GCGGGCUGUGUCCCUGGUCCUUGGGAACGUGUUGGGACACGUCCUUUAAGGGCAAUCGAGGAGGUGACUCACGGUGACAAGGAGACCCCGGGAAACUGGCUGGGUGAGGUCAGAGCUCCGCCCCGGCUGGGGGACAAUGGCCCCCCAGAAAUCGGCUUCGCGGCCCUCCGCGGUCCCUGUCCUCUCGUCAGCACAGUGACUGUUUGGCUGGCAGCCAGUGUUCUCAGGGAAGCCGGGACAUCAGGAGGGCCAGUACUGGUGUCCGGUCCCCGCCUCGGAGAGCGCCCUCGAGGACCCAGAGUUGUGGCCCUGAGCGGGGUGGGCUUGCGCCAGAAGUCAGUUUGAGAAGAGCAGGAGUGUGACAUACUUCUCUUCCAUCGCGCCCGCAGAGCCUCCGCCCAGCCAGCCCUUGGGUCAGGGCGCCGUACUCCGCCGCGGGAGCCGAGCCCUACACUGCGGGGCAGCGGGGCGCGCUGCCCACGCCCGGGGAGAGAAGACGCUGAGAGGUCACAUUGGAGGGUGCGACUUCGGGGGGCGCGACGCUGCUCAGGGACUCUGACAGCCGCAUCCGGUAGCCCCCGGUGUCCCCCAUCAAACUGCCCUCUCCGAGGGCGACAGGUCUUAGCAGAGCGGGAGGACAAGUCGUUCUUUGGGCGCCGCCGCCCAGAGCGGGCCACAGCGCAUCCGCCCUGUCGGGGGCCCUCGGGGGACACUGGCGCCCUCUUUGUGCGAAAAAGAAUCUGGGAAUUUGGUUUGGCACUUUAGGGUGCCCAGACAGCUACCCACCCUUCCCUCUCUCCACGUCGCGUUUCGAGUAAGACUUUCGAGCGGUUUUGUUUUCCUUGCUUUCGUCUAUUUUUAAUUUCCAGGGAUCUGACUCAUCCCGUGCUUUGGGCGUGGAGAUAAGGUGGAGGGACCAAACCUCUGCGCGGCUGUGCGUGCGGAGUGUGUGUGUGUGUGUGUGUGUGUUUCUGUCACAGAGGAGCGCGCGGUUUCCCAACAGUGGCGGGGCUUUCGGAAGCCUGGCUAGCUCAGCGUGACGUGUUUGCGGCCCCCGGCACCCCCCCUUCGCCCCUCCCUACCCGAGGGGGACGCUGCAGCCUGAGUGGAAGCGAAGUUUUGGCGGGCGGGGAGCACUUUGCAGGAAACUGACUCAUCACAACUCCCUGCUGCUGUCCAAGGCUCUGCCCACGCACCUCCGACCCUGCGCAUGAUUUCCUGGCGACCAGCGCCCCCUUCCGGCCCCGGCGCGAAUAGCAAGCACGCCUUCCCGCGGAAUGCCGCUUCGCCCGCCUUUCCUUCCCGCCUCGCUUCUGCUGGGCUGAGCGGCAUCUGCGAGCGCCCCUUGAAGAGUACCCAUUGGUUCAGCAAUGUGUACCGAGUUCUUACUGUUUACUUCGGAAUUAAAAUUGGUUGAAGUCUGAGGCACGAAGGCUAACAAAGGGAGCUAUUCUUAGUUACCUGUAAAACAAGGCCACAGGUGACAUGGAGGAGCCAUCCAGGGAGGACCGGCAGAUCCCUCGGGGCAGCACAGCUUGCCGCCGGCUCUUCGGCCCCGUGGACAGUGAGCAGCUGCAGCGAGACUGUGACGCGCUGAUGGCCGGCUGUGUGCAGGAGGCCCGGGAGCGAUGGAACUUCGACUUCAUCACUGAGACGCCACUGGAGGGCGACUUUGCCUGGGAGCGUGUGUGGGGCCUGGGCCUGCCCAAGCUCUACCUGCCUACAGGGUCCCGGGGGGGCCGGGAUGACCUGGGAGGGGGCAAGCGGCCCAGCCCUUCAUCUGGCCUGCUGCAGGGGACCGCUCAGGAGGACCAUCUGGACCUGUCGCUCUCCUGCACCCUCAUGCCUCACUCCCCCGAGCGGCCAGAGGGAUCCCCAGGGGCUCCUGGCACCUCUCAGGGCCGGAAAAGGCGGCAGACCAGCUUGACAGAUUUCUAUCACUCCAAACGCCGGCUGAUCUUCUCCAAGAGGAAGCCCUAAUCGGCUCACUGGAAGCCUUAAGCUCCUAGAUAUGAGAGUUCCAUUCCUGCCCCCCCCAUAACCCCCCUACCCUCACCUUCUACAACUUUUGCCUUUAGCCCUUCAGUUUGUGCGUCUUAAUUAUUAUUUGUGUUUUAAUUUAAACUCCUCCUCUUGUAUAUAUCCUGCUUACCACCACCAUCCCCCAAUGCCUCCCCAGCCUUUGGCCUUUAGAAUUAUUUAAAAAAUCAUGAGACAACAGAAUGAUAGGCUUAUUAGAGUGCUAGGUAUUUAAGAUGUCUUCAUCUUAUGGGGAAUGAAGAUGUCUUCCUCCCCAUUUCCGUGCUCCCAGAGGUCAGGUGGGGCUGGCCUGACCCUCCCUUGCUGGGUGGUGCUCUCUGGAGGAGCCCGCUGCCUCUGCUCACCGCCUCAUAGGUGUUAUAAAAUCCCACCCCUUUCCUGUAUUCCCAAACCUUAUAAAAUUCUUUAUAAUUUGAGAAGUAAAUAGCACUUUGAAGGGGGCUUCACAGGAUGGGAGCAUCAUCAAAACUUUGAAGUCCCCUCACCUUCUCUAAGGUAGGACAGGGUGACCUUGAAGUGGGCACAGCCUGGAACAUGGCUGGGGACGUGGCACUCUCCUCGCCUUUGAUGCCCCACUCUGUCCUGUGAAGACCUGGGAGAAGGUAGGGUCCUGUAGCAAACCACCCCACCUCCCCUUACCCCCUCUGCCACCACAGGGGAGCCAGUCUCAACAUUUGGCCUCCCCUGCACUUUUCUAGAAGCUCCAGAUGCCUCUCUUUUCCAGCUGGGCUUUCAGGUCCCUCUUUGCCCCCCCCCAUACCCUUUCCCUCUAGUACCUUCUCAGCCCUGGGUGGCAGCUCUGGGGUGCCUAUCCCCCCAGCUCAGUGGACUGGGAAGAGAAGGGGUAUGCUAGAAGUAGGGUGUCCCUAGUUCUACCUCAGGCAGCUCAAGUGGUGAUCAUCUCCUCCUCUUGCCUUCUGGGGCAGAGGUCUGGGGUGGUCAGACAGGCCUUCUUGAGUGGGGAUCUCUCGGUCAGGGACAUGUUGUUGGGGGGAGCAGAAUUUUCUAGGAAGGCAAGGGUGACACCGGCCCCUGGAACUCACCCAAGGACUUUUCCCACUGCCCCCCUCCCUUCCCCCAUUUCAUUGCACUUUGAAUAGCAGCUGAACAAGGAGUCAGAGGUUUUAAGACGGUGGGGGUAGAGGCUGUGGAUAGGGCUUGCUGAGUGGGCUCAGAUGGGCCUGGGAGCUGUGAGCUGUUGUCUUUCCUGGCACGGAGCCAGGAGCCCCUGGAGGCCCCAAAGCACUUAAUCUGACCCCAAACACCUUAAGCUCCCAAACUUCCUGGCCUGGACUGUUUCCUCCUAGCCCCUCAUGUGCCCUGGUUCUCCUGUCUCCAUCUAGACUGUAAGCCUCUGAAGGGCAGAAACAAGUCCUGUACUGCUCUAUGUCCCUCACAGCCUCUCCCACAGUGCUGGGUAUACAGCAGGUGCUAAAUAAAUAUUUCUUAGUGA